AUGCCCCAAACUCUCAAAAUCGCAUCCGCGCAAUCCCGCACGCUCUCAACAACCGCCGAGACCCUCGCCGCUCUCGAAGUGACAACGAAACGCGCCGCAUCCCAAGGCAUCGAUGUCCUCCUGUUUCCAGAAGCAUACCUGGGUGGAUAUCCUCGUACUUGCGCUUUUGGCGCUGCGGUUGGUGGUCGCGCACCCGAAGGUCGUGAGCAAUUCCUGCACUAUUUCCACGAUGCUGUCGAUAUGGGCGACACACCGAGCGGCGCUGGGCAAGAUUGGCUAGACCGGAAGCUCGAGCUACCGAGAGGGAAGGAAUACAGGGGUGAUGGGACACGAGAGGAGCUAGAGAGGAUAGCAAGAGAGACGGGGGUCUUUGUUGUUACGGGGAUUGUGGAGAAGUCGGGUGGCACACUAUACUGUGGAGUUGUAUUCGUCGAUCCGAAGAUGGGUGUAUUGGGCAAGAGGAGGAAAGUUAUGCCGACGGGCAGCGAAAGGCUGAUUUGGGGCAUGGGAAGUGCGAGUACACUGAGGGCCGUGACAACGGAAAUCAAGGGUGUCAAACUGUGUAUGGGGUCGGCGAUUUGCUGGGAGAACUACAUGCCAUUGCUGAGGCAAAGCUUGUACAGCCAGAACGUCAACCUGUGGUUUGCGCCGACAGCAGAUGCACGCGAUGCUUGGACGUCGCUGAUGCGCACGGUAGGCUGCGAAGGCCGAUGCUUCGUGGUUAGUGCAAACCAAUGCGUCAAGAAGAAACACCUCCCAGAAUGGAUCACCGGCAAAGCACAAUCGCAGGGCUAUGCGAGCAGAAGCGGCGUCGGCAGGAGCCUCUCGCAACAGAGUAAUGGAGUCGCUGGCAGACGACGAAGUACCAUCACGAAGACGCCGGAGGGUCACGAAAUUUGCAUACCAAUACCAGAAGGACAGGCGACUGAGGGCGAUUCAUCGGCGAUUGACUCCUCAUCCACUGCAGAAGAUGCGCUUAGCCCCAAGCAACAACCCUUCUCGCAGCCUCAGUCAGCGGACGGCGAGGAAUACGUUUCACGAGGCGGCUCUAUGAUAGUAUCACCCUUGGGCGAGGUGCUUGCCGGACCGGUAUGGGAGCAAGAAGAUGAGUUGUUAGUUGCAGACGUCGAUUUUGACGAUUGUGAGCGUGGCAGACUCGACUUCGACUCUGGGGGAAGUUAUUCGCGGAUGGACAGCUUCAAGCUCAGCGUUGAGGGCCUUGAUCUAAAUCCACCGCCGAUGUAA